AGUCAUUGUGUCAGGUAAUUGCUAACCUUUAUUAAUCGCCCUCUGGAUGCCUGGGAGUUAACAGUGGGACAAUACAUGUAACGGUCACGGGCGGUAAAUGGAUUUGAGUGGAUCAAAACAUGUAAGCACCUACCUUGUUUUGAUGCCGUUCUAGCUACUUCUGUUUAUCAAUUCAAAGGCUGGGAUGGGAGCAAGAGUGCAGAAGAUUAUUUUAUCAAGCGUGCGUCAACAUGGCAGAAUCUGUUUCUUCUGAGCCGUAAAGUUAAAAAAUCAAGAUGGCCAAUGUGCAGGAAGACAACAUGCUCACAGCGAACCAGCAGAGGGCGCUUGACCUAUUGCUGCGACUCAAGCAUGAGUUUGACCCCAGCCAUCUCAGCGAAGCGUGCAGGGAGCUUACAGGGCUGAUUGUAAACCAAUCGGAUUGUAUUCAGAUCUUAGAGGAUUACCACGCUCAGGGUCCAGUCAUUGAUAUGAUGGAACAUCGAACCUAUGAAGCUGAUGUUCAACAGACUGGAUAUGAAGCCCUGGCUGCUAUGAUGAGUGCCAGCAAGAAACUAAAAGAUCUGAUCCAGAAACGACAUGUUCACCAGGAUGUGUUAGAGAUAAUGGGUAAACACACCAAGGACCCCUGUGUGCAAAUAGCUGCAUUGAAGAUGAUCACGUUCCUUGCCAUGUCACCCAAUAUAUGCGUCGUUCUGUUUGAAGAGCAGGUUCUUGAAGCGAUAGUACAGACCAUGAACAAUUUCAAAAGCAACGAAGACCUUCAAAAGGUGGCCUGCCAAGCACUGAGACAACUCCUUGCAGAAGAUUCCUCCAAUCAGGUUGACUUUGUGGACGAUGGGAAGCACCGGUCUGUUACAGCGGCACUCAGGAAUCAUCGAGGGAUUGUGGUUGUUCAGGAAGAGGCUAUGUGGCUACUGGCUGUCCUAGCUGGUUCAGAGGAAAACUACGACAUCCUUCUCCAGGAAUGUCAGAAGUUGUUGAUAUCGGCAAUGAAGAAUUUCCCAGAAGAGGAAGGCGUCCAGACUGCUUGCUUUGCCUUCAUUGAUGCUGUAGCUAUUAAUAUUGAGAGUCAGCAGUUAUUGGAAGUGAAUGGCACGUCUGGUCUCGUUCUGUCUGGGAUUCGAACAUUCCCUCAUAAUGCUGACUUACAAACGCUCGGCUUUGGUAUUCUCUCCAAACUAAGUGAUGUUAUUUUCCGAUCUGGGAGUAUGAGCAUGGAGCCAGUAGAGGAUGAUUGGCUGCCGGAUAUCUUUAUGGGAUUGACUCUUCAUCUUGACAACAAGGAGUGUCAGGAAGCUGGUUGUAAUGCGAUACAUGAACUGGUUGAGAGAAGACCACACAUGCUGAAAGGAAUUGAAAACAACAUCAGCCUAGAGAAUGCAGUAUUGGCAAGUCUGCGUGUGUAUGGUGAAAGUGAUGUCAGUGUUUUCAUAGCAUCAUGUGCUGCCAUCCAUUCCUUGGUGGUAAACUCCGAGAUGAUGCAAGAGAGUUUCAUGAUGAAGGGAACCUACAUGGACAUCCAGGCUGGUAUGACGACCCAUCAGCUGUAUGAUAAAGCCCAGGCCAUUGCCUGUAAGGCUCUAAUGGGACUCUGUCUCUUCAGUCCUGAAGAUAAGGAAGCUUUAGCCCUAGCUGGGGUCCAGGCUGAGAUCUUCAAUUCUCUGAAACUUUAUCCUGAGAAAUUAGACGUGCUUGAGUCAGCUAUCGGAGCCAUUGCUUGCCUUGCAGACGUUGACAUUGUUCGUUACCAGUGCAUGGUAGAAGGAAUCCAUGAGUUGAUUUUACAGGGAAUGAUCAACAACCCUGAUGAGAGUAGGAUACAGGAGCUAGCCUUAGAAGCAAUGGCCGUCCUCUCAACAGCUGAUGGUAUGGCUGAGAUACUGUGUGAGGCUGGAACGUUAGCACAUACUGUAGAGACUAUGGCAAGAUACGGCCAUUGUGAAGGUAUUCAACAGAAAGGUAGCAUUCUGCUGCAGGCGCUGGUAGCCGAGCAGAAAUCCAUUGACAAUGUACCGGUUGCUAGGCAGGUCGCCAAGGCUCUGGUUACUGCCAUGAAGAAAUUCCGCAGUGAUCCUAACGUUCUUGCUGAGAGUUGUGUUGCGAUGCAGUUGCUGGCAGAGACAUCAGAGCAGAUUGGUCACGUAUUUGUAGAGAAUGACGCUCAUGAGGAGCUUUUCUACAUCAUUGAAACCUACGAUCAGGACAAAGUACUGAUUGAUCUAGCGUGUGAGUGUCUGUAUGUUCUAUGCUGGAAAUGGGAUUUCAAGAAGGAGAUGCUUCUAUGGGCUUGCAGACAGGACAAACUUAAGGGUGUGGAUGUGUUGCUACAGCUAAGUGCUAAUGUCAAUGUUGGCCAAGGGAAGGAAACUCCACUGUGCAUGGCUGUCCAAAGAGGCAACACGGACAUGGUGAAACUCCUCCUCAAACAGGGAGUGAGUGACAUCAACACAGCUUUACGUGUGAGUCUGGACCUUAAGCAUAACAUCAUUACUGGGCUCUUACUUCAAAACAUGGGCCAUGAUAAAGAAGCCGGAGUUGUUACAUGGAGUGGACUGAGGCUUACUACACUUCAACCAUUAUGGUUUUAUCCAACAUUUCUAGGUCAGACAUCACCAACGCAAAAAUCAGCCAUCUCCUCCUCUACUCAUAUCGCCAGCCGCAUCAGACACACCAAGGAGAACAGAGCCAAGAGACGCCAAGAAGUCUUCAGUUUACUCAGACGCAGCGAGGUUGACGGUACAUUCUGCUCCAACCUAGCACCGGUGCUACAUACCUCCUCCCUUCACAUCCUUGUCUCAGCAGACAGGGAGCUGUGCCCAGGUAGCCCACGCCCUAAGGGAUCUACCGGACCCCAGAUGGGUAUCUCUGAUGAUGAAGGCACCCAGUCAGCUUUGACAGAUGAGUCUGUUUUCACCUAUGCUCAAAAUGGAGACACCAGCACCCCCGGCACUGAUCCUGUCCUGGUGGAAGCUCAGGACCAAAGCCAGCCUAUAUCUGCCCGCUCUCGCUACCACGAACGGUCCAGGAGUCUAAAUGACCCUGAGUUUGCUCGCUUCACCAAGGUCCGUCGUCGACAACGUUCAGCGAGUGAGAUGGAUAUGUUACGUAAGGUGUCUCACAGCUUUGUGCCUUGGCGUAGAUCACUGAGUAGUGCCAACCUGCCGAUUAAUCCUGAUGACCCACGCUGUCUUGAGAGUCUACAGCGAGGUUUGAGAGAUCAGAAUUCUUUAGCAGAGUCUGAUUCUCAUGAGAAUACACCUCGCAGUCAAUCACCGAGUCUGCUUAGUAUCGAAUCCUAUAUCAACUUACGAUCAAGGUCACAUCCUGAGAGUGAAAUAAGAAGUGCUUUAUCAGUUAGUGAGAUGAGCUCCUUGGAGGAUCAGGUCCAAUCACCGCUAUCAACAAGCUCACAACCAAGAACUCCGAAACGUUUGAUUUCGUUUUCCUUCAACAAUACGAGUGACAGUAGUAUGACUGAUAUGGAGUUCUCUGAACCAUCUCAGUCUACGUCCGUCAUGCCUGACGUCGUUCCAGCCCUAUCCUCAACCUCACAGUUCCAUAGCACACCAGUCAGCAGCAGAAAGAGUCGUCGCAGCUCACGUCAUAUGCUGCGAAUUCACCCCACCAUGCUCGACGUACCAGAAGCGUCAGAUCUUCAUAUUUAUCUUUUGGACCUCUCAGCCAAUCACAUCACCGAUCUCCAGAAACUCGCUCUAGCCGAAGAGAAACUCCUGGAGCAGUUUGCGUUCCUUGAGAAGCUGGACUUGAGUAAUAACUCACUGGAUGAGUUUCCAGCUCACCUUGCUGAGUCCAUGCCAUUUCUUCAGCAUCUAGACCUGAGAAACAAUCAAUUCCAGCUUCUUCCUGUUCAUGUAUUCAGUAACGAGAAGCUCCAAACACUAGACAUGUCUGGAAACAAGCUUAGCAACAUCAGAGAGGAGCCAUUGGAAGUUUCCUACUCACUGAUUGAUCUGAAUUUGAGCAACAAUCAAAUACAGCAGUUUCCAAUCUGGCUGGGACGCUACGCACCAGCACUGGUUACUCUCUCACUAGCAAGGAACAGUCUGAAUGAUCUGCCUUUACGGUCCCUUGAGCUCAGCCGAUUGCAGUCUUUGGAUCUAUCUCAUAAUAAUCUCAAACACAUACCAUCUGAAAGUAUGUGGCAGUGUUUGUCAUUGGAGUAUCUUAACGUCUCUUUCAAUAAACUAGAGAGUCUCUCAGAGGAACUUGGGGAAACUCUGUCUUCACUUGUAACCCUUAAACUAGCCGAGAACAAGCUCGCCCUUCCAGACCGUCCAUUCAUUCCGAAAAUGAUUCUUCAGUUACCAUGGCUGAGGAGCAUUGACUUGAGCAAUAAUGGUUUGAUCGGCGUCCCCCCUCCAGUAGAAUGGAAGAGUCAAGGCUUGAGGGAAGUUCAUCUCGGACACAACAGAAUCAAGAAGGUGGACCUGGGUGAGAAUAUCCGCUCAUGGCAGAAACUUGAACGUCUUAGUCUGAACAACAAUCAACUCUCACAGAUACCGAGAGAGAUAGGUCAGAUAUCGACGUUGACGUCUUUGGAUAUAAGCAACAACCCAAAGACCACCAGCAUCCCUGAUGACCUGGGGAGACUAUCAAGGCUCUGGGAGUUUCCUCUUGAUGGAUUGAAAUUGGAUCUGGAUCCGUCCAUUCUGAAGGGUCGUACUAAGGACAUCGUUGGCUUCCUCAAUCAGAAACUCAAACAGUCUGUUCCCUACUAUCGCAUGAAGCUUAUGCUAGUGGGUUACGGAGGCAGGGGCAAGUCCACAUUGUUGGCCAGACUACAGAAGCAGAAGAAGAGUAAGAAGUUCGCCAACGUUGCUACCGUUGGGAUCAAAGUACAAGAUUGGAAGAUACCAGUUCGGACCAAUCGUAAGACAGUGGAUUUCUGUCUGAAUACUUGGGACUUUGCUGGUCAGGAGGAUUUCUACAGCACCCAUCCCUGCUUCCUGACAGGCAGAGCUCUCUUCUUGGUGGUGUACGACAUCAGUAAAGGUCCAGAUGAAGUCAAGACACUACGCCCAUGGCUGUUGACAAUUCAGGCUCUGGCGCCCUCGUGCCCAGUGGUUGUCGUUGGAACGCACAAAGACAAAAUACCAAAAGACAAAGAGUUGGAGUUUAUCCGAGACAUGGAGCUAAGGGUACAGAGUCUCUGUAAGUCUCCAGGCUUCCCUGAGAUCAUGGGAUUCAGAGCCAUUAGUUGUACCAGCGAGAAUGAGGGACUAGAGGCACUAAGACGCCUCAUUGUGGACCUCAUUGAGACUUGCAAAAUCAAAGGCCAGCCAAUCUUGGGACAGAUGAUUCCUUAUAGUUAUCAGCAUCUUGAGGAGUUAUUGAAGGAGGAAGCGAGAAGAUUGAAGGAGAGUAACCAGGCCCCGGUAGUAAUGAGGAGACAGUUACUGCAGAUGGUUCGAGAACAUUCCCUACAGCUGGACAUCGAUGAACUCUCACAGGCUGUGAGAUUCCUGCAUGAAACUGGAGUUCUUCUUCAUUACAACGAUCCAGUCAGUCAGCUUAAAGACAUGUACUUUGUGGAUCCAGAAUGGCUGUGUAAAAUGAUGGCACUCAUCGUAACAGUCAGAGAGAUCAAUCCGUACAUCAACUCCCACGGGGUUAUAAGAAUCAGCGACAUCAACGUUCUGUUCUCAAGAACGGAAGACCUCCCGAUGAAUCUGAUACCACAAUAUCUGAAGCUACUAGAGAAAUUUGAAGUAGCGCUUCCUGUCAAUGAGAAAGAGUUGAUGAUUCCUUGUAAGAUGCCACGACAGAAACCAACUAUCAGUCUCCCCUCAUCCAACAAACAAGAUAUGUUACAUCGUUUUUAUGAGAUGCCAUACGUCCCAAUUGGUCUGUGGUCACGUCUUAUAUUGAGACUUCUUGUCUUCUCUACACAAAUGCUGCGGACACCAUCUUCUGUUGCUUCCAGCGAUGAGGAUGCUUCCAAGGUAACCAAGUACUGGAGGGAGGGAAUUUACGUCCGCUGGACAAAAGAAGCUUUCUUCUGUGUUGAGCCCUUGAAGAAAGGACUGGACGGUCUGAAAAUCACCGUGCCACAGUCAAAAGAUGGAAACAGGCUACUGGGUCUUCUAUGUGACCAUGUCGAUGACCUAAUUGAAGAGUGGUUCCCAGGUCUGACUGAGAUCGACCCAUUACUAGGCAAGACGCUGGUACAGCGCAUGGUACCCUGCGUCCUUUGUGAAGAGAGCAGCAUAUACCAGUUCAAUCUGAAUGAGUUGAUUGAAAGGUCAGAGGUCAGCGAUCAUAUUGUCUGCCCUAACCAUGAGGACAUGUUGGUAUCCCUUAAGUUGCUGGCUCCUGAUGUGAUGCUUUCGGACCUGGAGGACAGGUUCCACAUUGAUCCCAAACAGCUCGUGUUCAAUCCAAGUUCUUCUCACAUGCUUGGAGAUGGGAGUUUUGGUUCGGUGUACAAAGCUAAAUACAGGGACCAGCCUGUUGCAGUCAAGGUAUUCGGUAUGGGACCUGAUGUUCACCCUCAUAGACUGCUCAGACAAGAGGUGACUAUACUACGGCAGCUUCAGCAUCCUAGCCUGGUAUCCAUGGAAGGAGUUGCUCUGAAUCCCAGAGUCUUGGUUCUUGAGUUGGCUCAGCUUGGUUCCUUAGCCUCAGCUCUACGUAGUAAGAAAGUCACUAAUAGAAGUCUACAACAUCGUAUUGCCAUGCAGGUUGCCGACGGAUUAAUGUUCCUUCAUGAGAAUAGGAUUGUCUACCGAGACCUGAAGCCAGAUAACAUCCUUCUCUUCUCUCUGUCUUUAGGAACACUGCACAAUGCCAAGAUAGCAGAUUAUGGUAUUUCCAAGUUUGCUACUCCAUAUGGUCUAAGGGCACCUGAGGGUACCCCAGGCUAUCGAGCACCUGAGGUCAUCAGAGGACUGUCAACUUACAACACUGAGGUUGAUAUUUACUCCUUUGGGAUCCUAUUGUAUGAAAUGGUGACUGGGGGACACAAACCGUUUGAAGAACUGGAGUUCAGAGCUGAACUGGAUGAAGCUGUCAUGAAGGGUCGUCAGCUUCCUCCACUGACCCAUAACAAUGUGGCUGCAUGGCCUGAUCUACAGGAGCUGAUUGACUACUGCUUAGAGCACGUUCCUCAACACAGACCUACAUCUGCGCAAGCAUUCAGGUGGUUGAGCUCAGCUGAGUUACUGUGCCUAAAGAGGGAGUACCCACUGCUUAUGGACAUCUGUGUGGAAUGUAUGACUGUCAGGGUAUAUCAUUCUGAAGGGGAGGAAUGUCAGGAGGUGUGGCUUGCAGGAGGGGACAGGAAGACCACUAUGGUGUCAUGGAUACAACCUUUGAACUCUGACCCAGAGAACUCGAUACAGGGUAUGAUGUUGCAUAAGGGUCGAGCAUUAUGUAUGGCAGCCGUUGGUGAGUCAGCGAUAGUCAUUGGUACCCAGUGCGGUGAACUGUGUGUAUGCGAUCUCUCUAGUACGCCAUACAGACUUAAACACACGCUACCAAAACUAGGUGAUGCUGUGGUCUGUCUCGCAUACUGGAAAAGGGACCAGGAAGCGAGUCUUGUGUUUGCUGGACUAGCCAAUGGGAAGCUGGCUAUGUACAAAGCAACAAGACUACAAAAUGAGAAAGACUGUCAGCCAGACAAGAUGCUUCACAUUGGGUCCAGAGACGAUCCCAUAAAGUGUAUCAACAUCACUCGUAAUAAACUCUGGCUAGCGUCCAAUGCUAAGGUCAUUAGUCUCAGUAUCUAUGACCUGGAAUCGGACUCUAAUUCAACUGUUCUGGUACCAGAACCAGAAGAGAGACCUGCGAUGGUGAAGUGUAUGGCGGUUGACAAAGCAAUAUGGUUGUGCAGAAGAAACAGUUCCAUCAUUGAAGUUUGGGAUCUCGGUCGACUUAAGAAGACGUUGGUGAUCGAUGUAGCCGAGUUCAUCAGCAGUGAGGAUUCUAAGGAGGUAUCUAACUGUUACAUCAAGUCCCUAUUACUACACCCUCGUAACACCUUAUGGGUUGGGACAGCUGGAGGUCACCUGAUACUCAUUGAUACCAACACGCAUCAGAUGGUGACCGUCAUCAAACGCUAUACGUCUAACGUCAGGGCAAUGGUGGCUGUCCGGGGACAUGGAAUAAACAAAUCCAACUCCGUGGUUGUAACAUCGGGAUCAGGUUUUGUGCGCAGAACAGGGGUUCCUGAACAUACAGAUUGCCAGUAUACACAUGUCCUAGUGUGGGACGCUGAACUGAAGUCUCAAGUUCGAUACCUGGCGUCGGACACUGAGCGUCGACGCUUGCCCAUAGAAUCACACGCCAUGAAGUCAUGGCAGAAGGUGCAGAGAAUCAUUCGUACCAGUCACGCUUUUCAUCUUCACCCUACCGUCGUCUUCCCGCAACUCAAAUGCUAAGCCCCACACCCUACUCACUCCACCCCAUGCCUUCUACGUUUUGGUCUUCAUUUUGCAUGCAGUGUUUUAUUUGUGUGCAUGGCGACCGUGUUUCAGAGGAUUUGGCAUCCCUAGUGCCAUAACGUAUCCAUUUAUUUAUUGUUUAUAGCACUUGUAAAUAUUCACUAAACACUCAACAAUGCUAAGCAUUGUAUGUAAAUUUUUGAAUAAUAUUUGAUAAUUUGGAAAAAGAAAUCUUUGUACAAAAGUAGUUCCUGUACAUAUAAACAUAAAUAAAGAUUGUAGAAUCAAAACCAAAAAGUGGGGGCAGAUAUCGACCAUUAAUUCUAUCCUUUGUGCAAUAGUACUAAUGAUCUUUAAAAAAACAAAAUUUUAAGGUAAUAACAAAACUCUUGAUCAAAUUCAGAAAUGUUUAAUUAAUUAACAUUAACAAAAAGUAAAUCGAUGAGAAAAUCCAAGAUGUAAACCAUAAAUGAUAAUAAUUUUGUAUUUUGUAGUGAAUGCAAUAACUUUCUUCUCAAUUUGAAGUUGGGUGAGAACAAUGUGGCACAAAGGUUUUGCUUGCCCCUCUCCUCAAAAGGGGGGGGGGGAUUACAAAUUAUAAACAUCAUCACUAACAGUUUUAUGGUCAUAAACUUGUUGAGUAACUACUAAAAGUACCAAGCCUUUAAAUAGUUAAGGGGACUCUUCAAACUCAGCUCAGCAUUGCAUGAACCAAUCUUGUUUUGUUUUUUUGCACGAUACACAAAUAUUUUUGGGGGAACAUUUGCAUGAAGUGGUAAAUCUGGUUGAAAAACCUGAUAUUUUUUGUAUGAAUAUUCAAUGCAUUGCUCCCCCAACCAAAUAGAUGAAGGUGAACAGGGAUUGCUCCAAACAUUGAUUGGUCAUCUUCAUUGUGUGCUGUAUAUCAUAAGCUUUUUGAUUGGCUAUAUUCAUACAUGUGACCGAUUCACUUGCAUUUCAUUGGAUGCAAGGGAGCUGAUGUCAUGAAAGUUUGCAACCAAUUGUAUCUGGAGAAAUACCAUUGUAUAAACACCCCGUGUUUGUUGUCAACUUGUGUACAUCUUGAUUAGGCUGUGGCCAUUCUCAAAACCAUGACUUGGGCUUAAGUCUUAGACAUAUGCUUAGGCUCUGGCUAGGCAUGAACUGCCUGCUUUAUGUCUCAAACCAAAAGUGUACUUCGUAAAAAUGACUGACAAAAAAUUUGAACCUGAGCUGAAGGGUUGGUUUUGAUAAGGGCAUUUAAUUUAAGGCAGGCAAUCUGUGCAUGACUCGCAAUGUUGUAAACUGCAUUAAGUGCCCAGACAAGAAACUUUUUCCUAAUUAAUUAAAAAUUUGACAACUAAUCAUGUAAUUAAUUACAGUCUACAUUUACUUUUACAAAAGACAUUUAUCUUGACUUCUUACAUAACAAAAACAACCACGCCUGAAGAAGUAUCAAUAAGGCUAUCGUGGAGAGUGAAUCCGUAAAUUGGAAUUGGAAGGAGCAUUGUGGCAUGCACAGAGUGGCUGGCUUAAAC